AUGACGAAACUUGCUAUCUUAGCUGCACUGCUAAGUUGCAUCUUCUUGCCCUGCAUUCUCGGCCACGCUCUCCCUCUCGUCACUGGUCCAGGCUACGCUGUGACGUCUGCCAGUGAAGAUGCCGGUGUACUCACCAUUAACCUCGCAGUAAACACUGCUCCGACCUCGACUCCGUACGGCACGGACCUAUCGGCACUCGUGGUGACGGUCACCAAGACGGAGAGUGACAGUGUCCGCGUGAAGAUCGGGGACAAGAGUAACAAGCGCUGGGAGGUGCCCAAGAGCUUGUUCACUGCCGGUACUCUGGGAACGACCAGCACGGCGAAGUCUGCUGCGACGGAUCCGCUGUAUUCGUUUAACUACACACAGAACCCGCUCACAUUUAAAGUGGUGCGGAAGUCCGAUGGUUACACGCUCUUCGACUCGUCCGGUAUCUCGUUGGUGGUGAAAGAUCAAUAUCUCCAAGUAGCAACAGCUCUGCACAAUGACCUUAGCGUGUACGGCAUUGGUGAGAGCACUCGCGAUAACUUCAAGAUGUCUACAGGUGACAAGCAUACACUAUGGGCUCGCGAUCAACCUUCUGCCAAGCCGAACGCACAUGGAGUACUGCUACUUAACAGCAACGUUAUGGAUCUAACAUUGGACAUUGGACGCCUCGUGUACCAGACUAUCGGCGGUGUGCUCGACUUCAACAUCGUUUUAGGUCCUACCCCAGCGAACGUCGUCACGCAGUACACGAAGCUCAUUGGACGUCCGAAGCUCAUGCCAUACUGGUCAUAUGGAUUUCACCAGUUUUGUUGGGGCUAUGGCUCUAUCGACGCCCUCCGUACUGUGGUAAGCCAGUACAAGAGCAACAAUCUCCCUCUGGACGUCAUCUGGUCCGAUAUCGACUACAUGAAGAGCUUUCAUGACUUCACAUUAGACCCCGUAAACUUCCCACAAGCCAAGAUGGCUACCUUUAUGGAUGAGAUUCACGCUAGUGGACAGAAAUAUGUACCCAUCAUUGAUCCAGGUAUUUCAGACGACACGAACGACUACGCAUACACUCAAGGUUUAUCAAUGGAUAUCUUCAUCAGAGACGUCAGUGGCAAACCGUAUCUAGGUCAAGUGUGGCCUGGUCCUACGUUUUUCCCAGACUUCUUUCACCCGAAUGCGACUUCAUAUUGGAGUGAACAGAUCCAGUUGAUGUACAAGAGCUUCACCUUCGAAGGUCUCUGGAUCGAUAUGAACGAACUCGCGAAUUUCUGUCCUGGAUCAAAAUGUACACGCAAUCCUGUUGACACGUGUCCAAAGACAGGAAACAGCACGACUAUGACGAUCUGUUGUCUCCAUUGUUCGGUCAACGUAAACAAGUACGAUAACCCGCCUUUUGCGAUCAAUAACGCUGGUAAUCACGACGCCAUCUACCACAAAGGAAUAUCAACUGCGGCGUUGCAGUACGGCGAUCUCCGGCAGUACGAUACUCACAACUUGUAUGGCCUUUCCGAGUCCAUCGUAUUGGAAGAAAUAACCAACAAACGGACUUUCGUGCUAUCCAGAUCAACGUUCCCAGGUAGUGGCGCUCACGUUGCUCAUUGGACGGGAGAUAACACCGCUACCUGGGAUGAUUUGCGCUGGUCCAUCCCCUCUUUCUUGAAAUUCGGGCUCUUUGGUAUACCCAUGGUAGGCGCUGACAUCUGUGGCUUCCUAGGAGCUUCCGACAUGGAGUUGUGUGCUCGGUGGACAGCAUUAGGCUCUUUUUACCCGCUCGCUCGCAACCACAAUAACUUGGAUUCUCCAUCCCAGGAGACGUACAUGUGGCCUGAAGUCACAGCCGUUGGACAAAAGUUCAUAGGCUUACGAUAUCGACUUCUUCCGUACAUUUACACGCUAAGCUAUCACGCUCACAGAGACGGUUUACCGAUUGCUCGUCCAGUGCUGAUGGAGUUUCCUACUGACACAGUCACUCACAACAUCAACUACCAGUUCAUGAUUGGUAACGCGUUACUGGUGACUCCAGUAGCUAACAAAGGCGCAACAACGGUGACGGGAUAUUUUCCUCGUGGGGUCUGGUACAAUAUCUUUGAUUUCUCGCAAAUUUUGACUUCUGGCGUCUAUUUAACGAUCGGUGUGACCAUAUUCGACAUGCCGGUUCACAUGCGUGCUGGGACGAUCCUGGCGAUGCAUCAACCAGCUCUUACGACGACCAGUGCUCGCCUCACACCAUUCGAUAUCCUCGUCGCGUUGUCUUAUACUGGAGACGCGAGUGGGGAAUUUUUCUUGGACGAUGGCGAGACGAUCAACCCGAACGCUACAAUCGUCAGUUUUACAGCAUCGGUCGGGAUGUUCAAGUGUACAGCUGUGCAGAAUCAUUACGUGGACGCACAUACGAGUUUGGUCAAUAAGGUGAUCGUACUCGGGGUGACGUCGUCACCUUCGCGUGUAUCUCUAAGUUUUAUCUCCAACUAUGAUUCCGACACGCAACGUCUGGAGAUUGAUCUCACAAGCGCCAAUCAAACUAUCGACACGGACUUCAGUAUCAUUUGGGAGUGA